AUGGCGUUCCUCCUUCCUAUGCUGUUGUUGAUACUUUGCCUUUUUUCAUGGUUGCCUUUGGCGUCUACGACAGCGACUGACAACUACAAUUUACUCCUGAAUCGAUCACCCAGCAGUCUCCGCAACGAGUACUGGGUACUCCGUCACGGUCAGUCGCAAGCCAAUGUUGCCAAGCUGAUUGCCUCUUCACCCGAAAUUGCUUGCCAGAAAUAUGGGCUCUCCGACGUUGGCAAAGAACAGGCUGCCCUCGCGGGAGACGAGGCUGUAGAAGCGUUCCACGAGCGCAAUACACGGGAACCUCGAUUGCAAGCAGUGGUGUUGCUCAGUUCCGAUCUGCUGAGGGCCAAAGAAACUGCUGAAAUUGUCCGAGACAAGCUGAUACUUGCCGGAAUCCCGUUGCUUUACCAGAAUGUUGGAGAACCCAGAAUUGACAAGGGCUUGGCCAUGGAAACCCGGUUACGAGAACGAUGGUUUGGAGAAUGGGAUGAAACCUCGGAUACCAACUAUCCGAAUGUGUGGAAAGAUGAUGCCGAAGAUGCGGAUCACACCAUCAAGGGAGUGGAAUCGGUCAAUCAAGUUGUAUCCCGAAGCACAAAGUGCAUCUGUGAUUGGGAUGAGAGGUUAGAACGGUGCAUGGUGAUUUGCGUGGCACAUGGGGACGUUCUCCAAAUCAUGCAAACCGGCUUUGCCAAAAUGGAUCCCACAAAGCAUAGGACUUUGGAACACUUGGAAACUGCAAAACUGAGGAGGUUGGAAUUGAAAGAGUAA